AUGGGUUUCGGCGCGUUAUACCGGAUUUAUGCGGGCUUUGUUAGUCCCCCGCCAGUUAAGAAGCGGGAUGAUGCUAUUCGGUUUGGACUCCUCGGCGCUUCCAGCAUCGCGCCUAUUGCAUUGAUUGCUCCCGCAAAGGCACACUCAGAGGUUAUAAUCGCCGCAGUGGCAGCCAGAGACCGUACACGCGCCGAGGCAUAUGCAAAGAAACACAAUAUCCCCAUCGUCCAUUCCACUUACGAAGACCUCCUACAAGACCCCUCCAUCGACGCAAUCUACAUCGCCCUCCCAAAUAACCUCCACUACGAAUGGGCCCUCCGCUCCCUCCGCGCCGGCAAACACGUCCUCCUAGAAAAACCCUCCUGCUCAAACGCCGAAGAAGCCCGCGCCCUAUUCACCCACCCCCUCCUCAAAGCCCCCAACGCACCAAUCCUCCUAGAAGCAUUCCACUACCGCUUCCACCCCGUAUGGCAGACCUUCCUAGCACGCAUUCACGAUCCAGCCAUGGGACGGGUUAAAAACGCGUUUGUCCAGCAGUACCUGCCCAAGGGCGCGAUCCCGGAUAAUGAUAUUCGCUGGCGCUUCGAUCUUGCCGGGGGUGCGAUGAUCGACUUUGGGACGUAUACGAUGAGUUGUCUCCGGCAGAUCUUUAGGCAGGAGCCGAGCGAAGUGCUUGAGGCGAAAUAUCGGGGUCUGAUGUCUCCCCCGGCUGGCCUUGUAGAGGCUGAUCAAGUCGAUCAGGCGAUGACGGCGCGGUAUAGGACGGCCGAUGGCGCGACGGGGAGUCUUGUCGCCGAUCUAUCUGCGUCUGGUGGGUGGCCACUCCUGCCGAGUUCAUGGACGAAGAACCUCCCGCGACUGGGGUGGCCGAAAUGCGAGGUUGCGCUGGAAGAACGAGUCGUGGAGGACUCGGAGGGCCAGACGCAUACUGUGCAGCGGAAUGUGGUUAUUUGGAACCACCUUUUGCCUAGCAUUUACCAUCGGGUUGACGUGGAGGAUGCGCAUGUGAUUCGACGCGGCGAGCAGGUUGUCAAGACGUGGAAGGAGUCUAAGCGGGAGAAAGCGUACAAGUGGCCGGUUGGUGAUGCAAGAGCUGGUAUCGAGCAGGAAUGGUGGACUAGUUAUCUUUAUCAGCUUCAUGAGUUUGUUAAUAAGGUUAAGGGACGGGAGGGGUCGGGGGUUUGGGUUGAUGGUGAGGAUAGUAUCAAGCAGAUGGAGGCUGUUGAUGAGACGUAUCGCAAGGCUGGACUGAAAGUGCGGCCUAGAACAGCGUUUGAGCUGUAG